CUCUCUCUCUCUGUGCGACCCAAUAAAAACCCAUUUGCAUAAUCCUAUAAUUUCAAUCUUAAUCACCAUAAACUUCCUGUUCUGGCCAUUUCAUCAUCUAUUAUCUUCUACUUGAAAGAAAUCAAAGAAUUCUCUCAACUUAACCAGAAAGCCUAACCCAACCCUAGAUUUUUUUCGACAAUACUCUACAAAAAUGGACCUCACCACCACCCCCACCAAAACAUCGGACACAGAAAUUGAUACCCCACCACCCGCUCUUCCCAUUAAGCCCUUGUCCUUUACAAUUACAAACGGUGCACCGAAGAAGCACCACCACCAUCAACCACCGCCAUCUGUGGUGGUGACAUACCAAGAAUGUCUCAAGAACCACGCGGCCAGUAUAGGUGGCCACGCCUUGGAUGGUUGUGGAGAGUUUAUGCCCUCCUCCACCGCCAGCCCCACUGACCCUACCUCUCUGAAAUGCGCCGCUUGUGGCUGCCACCGCAACUUCCACCGCCGUGGACCCGAUGAUUCCACCACCCACUUCCUUGACUUCCACCGCCACCUACCACCACCCCGCCACACCUCACCCUCACUCUCACCACCACCACAACCAACAAAUUACUCAUAUGCACCCCAGAUGUUACUGGCCCUCAGCACAGCUAUGCCUGAAGACCAGCAGCAUACAAACCACCACCACCAAGUGGUAGCGACACCACCAACACCACCCACGGCGGUGAAGGCGGAUAACCCAAGUGCGAGGAAGCGAUUCCGAACGAGAUUCACCAAAAUCCAGAAGGAGAAGAUGUUUUCAUUUUCGGAGAAGUUGGGUUGGACGAUGCAAAAGUGUGAUGAAGGUUUAAUGGAAGAGUUCUGCAAUGAGAUUGGGGUCGCUAAAGGAGUCCUCAAGGUUUGGAUGCACAACAACAAGCACACUUUGGGCAAGAGAAAGACCAACACCAUCAUUAACUAUGGUUGUGUUAGCUUUGAAAACAAUGGCAACACAAUCAACAAUGACGCCAACAGUCAACAUCACAGCGACACUGGCGGUGCUCAUCUUCAGAUUUCCACCAAUGGGUCGUCUUCUUCAUCUUGAUCUGAUGAGAAAAAGUCCUAGAGAGAGAGAGAGGGCUGUUUGUUCUUUGGUGAUUAACGAACACUAGUCACUGCUAAGGGU